CCUAAUGUGCGCCCUCUCAUUGUUGUUCCUUUCACAUUCUCAGGCGGAGAAAAGAAGCGGAGAUCUGAUGGCUUUGAAAAGGAUCCAGAAGGAGCUACAGGACUUGCAACGGGAUCCCCCCUCGCAGUGCUCAGCUGGACCACUUGGAGAAGACCUGUUUCACUGGCAGGCUACAAUAAUGGGCCCAAGUGACAGCCCAUAUCAGGGAGGGGUUUUCUUCCUCACAAUCCAUUUCCCGACUGAUUAUCCUUUUAAACCACCAAAGGUUGCCUUCACAACAAAAAUCUACCACCCAAAUAUCAACAGUAAUGGAAGCAUCUGUUUGGACAUUCUGCGGUCCCAGUGGUCACCUGCCCUCACGGUAUCCAAAGUUUUAUUAUCCAUAUGCUCCCUCCUUUGUGACCCGAAUCCAGAUGACCCUUUAGUUCCAGAUAUUGCACACAUCUACAAAUCGGACAAAGAUAAGUAUAACAGACUGGCAAGGGAAUGGACUCAGAAGUAUGCGAUGUAACUGGAUGGCAAGAUUUUGAAAUGGUUGCACAUGGACACUAUUACUGCACACGACUCUGCAAUGCACCUGUACAGAGUCAAGACUUUUAUCAACAGACGAACCUUCCCCAACACACA